AGCCACAGGGCGCAGAGCGGCAACAAGCUCACCGGAUCCACUUCACCUACCUGCCGCACAUCCACGCACUGACUAUUCUGCGCACGCUUCUUCUCUAAAUCGCGUGGAAAAGUUGGACUAAUAAUUUGUCAGAUCUCGCGUGUGCUUUACAGGCUGAAUGUCACUUGCCAGGUGAUUUUUUUUGGAUCGCUGUCAAUCCACCACCACUCUAUGAAAAAGAAGAAGAAGAAAAAUCAAGUAGCUGCUGCGCGUCUCGUGAGAUCUAUUUGGGGAAACACAGAUUGUUGAGGACUUUUUUUUCUUUUUUGCUCGUGUCGUUGAUGAAAUCAUUCCAGCUUGAAAAAAAAAGGCUAUUUUUUAAUGUCAGUAUUGGACGAGACCACUGCGCCUGCUGUGCAAAAAAAAAGAGCAAUAUGGUGGUGUCGGACGGAAUACAGCUGUUUUGUUUGAAAUGGAGAACUGCCCAGAGAGGAUAAAUCGCGUGCAAAGUGGUGCGCCUUUCUGCUGAGGGAGUUUAUCCACCAGCUUCUCUCCAUCACCCCACCUCACCUAGAAUAAACAUGAGUCCGAGGCGAGACGUGUGGACUCUCCGGUGCGUGGGACUCACCGCACUUCUCCUGUGCACAGUGGUGGAUAGCAAGGUGAUCCUGGAGGGCCUGCAGAGGUACGGCCCCACGCCGAUCUAUCUGCCUGUCAGCUACCGGAUCCUAAAUGCUGAGUCGGCGUUCUUCCUACAGGAGGCAAACCAGGACUUAAUGAGGAACUCCAGCCUGCAGGCUCGCACGGAGUCCUUCUUCAUCCACCAGGCCCGGCAGAUGCCCUUCAUCAAUGCUAGCUAUGGACCGCUGUCCGUCCAGCAGCCUGUCCCUCUGGAGCUGCUGCAGACCCUGCCGGGCCCAUUUAAUGCACCAUCUUUCACCACGUCAUCAGCGCCAACAUCGGCGACAUCGCCGCCUCUCUUUACAUUCAACUGGAAGGUACACACCUAUAUCAUCAGCGAGAGGAUUCACCCCAGUUGGCCAAAGGUUCAGGUGUUGUUCUACAUCGCCGGGAGGGACUGGGAUGAUUACAGCGCCAUCCACAAGCUGCCCUGCGUCCGCAUGUUCGCCUUCCACGAGACCCAAGAGGUGCGCGGUACGUGCAGGCUAAAAGGCGAGCUCGGGAUAUGUGUUGCCGAGCUGGAGCCCCUCGCCAGCUGGUUCAGCCUGCCCACGGUCAGGCCCGGCAGGCAGAGGGUCUCUGAGCAGGCCCAGGGCACACCCGUGGAGCUCUACUACAUGGUUCAAACCACAGACAGCGGAGACUGCAACUCGGAGGAUUCGAGAAAGGGCAGCUCCGUUCGCCCGGACCAGCAGAGGCCGAUGGGCUACUUCGCAGGGCACACACCCAUGCAGCGCAUCGGGAGCGUCAGGCUGUUUCAGCCGCUGUCGGAGCUGAAGCUGGACAACAACUUCGUGGUGAUGGCGCCCUCCAAACCCAUCCGGCAGAGAGAGACGGUCUCUACUUAUCUGGCUCUGUCCACGCUUUCCUCUGUGCCAAUUUUCACCCUCAGGGUCAAGCUGAAGGACGGCGUGGCGUUCCUGGGAGCCAGAGCCAGUAACCCUGUAGUGUGGACGGUGAGUCAGGACGUCAGAAGUGAAGGUCACAGGGUCGUCACCCUCCACUGUCGGAGGAAGGAGAACGGUUUCAGUCAAAGGGCGGAGGCACCGGGCUACCAGCGAGUGCUGCAGGUGGACCUGGAGGUGAACGGGCUGAUGAUGACUCAGGGUGGGAGGGAGGUGACGUGGCAGGUGGAGUACCCGCUCACCCGCACCCUGACCAUCGAGGUGCCGACUCUCAUCCGCCUGGCGCCGCAAGACCUGGGUGGCAUUGUGCCACUAGCCAUGGACACGGAGAUCCUCAACACAGCUGUCCUCAAUGGGCGAACAGUCGCCGUGCCAGUGAAGGUGGUCACCGUAGGAACCGACGGAGCUGUCUCUGAUGUAACCGAGUCAGUGGAGUGCAAGUCAACAGAUGAGCAGGUUAUCAAGGUGUCAGACCGAUGUGACUACGUGUACGUCAACGGGAAGGAGACGAGAGGAAAGAGCAGGGUGAUGCUCAACUUUACCUACAGCUUUCUGAGCGCCCAGCUGGAGAUGAGCGUGUGGAUGCCCCGCCUGCCGUUGCUCAUCGAUGUGGCCGACCCCGAGCUCAGCCAGAUAAAGGGCUGGAGGGUCCCCGUUAGUACGGCCAACAGGAGGUAUGAGAGGGUCACCGAUGACAAGGAUGAAGGCGAUGCAGCCGCGGAGAGGACAGAGAGCGGCUGCGUGCCCCAGUAUCAAAGCACCACCCUGCGCGUCCUCACACACUUUGUGGCAGAUACAGGAGAAGUCAGAGGCGCCGCCGCCGCGGAGGAGGACGGGGAGGGCCAGCCGAGCUUCCUGCUGGGAAGUGACUGGCAGGUGGAGGUGACGCAACUGGUCAAGGACUCUCUGAGGGUGGAGGUCCCGAAGGUCGCACAACUACGGGAGGGCCAAGUCCUGAUCGGAGUGAGCGCUGGGAUCACCAAACUACAGGUGCUGUCCCCUCUGACAUCAUCGGUCCUGGCUGAGAGGAGCAUCAGGGUUCUGGAUGAUAAAGUGAGUGUGACGGAGCUGGGGGUGCAGUUGGUUUCUGGACUCGCUCUGUCCCUGCAGCUCAGCCCAGGCAGCAACAGGGCCAUCGUCGCCACUGCAACCACACAGGAAGUCAUUGAAUCGCUCAAACAGGAGUCCCUCAUCAGUGCAUGGCUCCAGUUCAGUGAUGGAUCCAUGACUGCUCUCGACAACUACAACCCAGCCCAUUUCACCCUCACGGCCACCUCUUUGGAUGAACAGGUGGUGGCGGUGCAGCGCAGUGCGGCGUGGAAGUGGCCCAUCAUUGUCGCCAAGGGGGAGGGUCAGGGUUUGCUUGUGCGCGUUGAAAUGAGUCCGUCGGAGGUGUGCCAGAAGGGAAGACGGCGUACUAUCUUAGCAACCGGGAUGGCGAACAUACAGACAAGGUUUGGUCAACCGGAGGAGCAAUACAGACAACCAGGAGACCGGCGAACACGUCCUGAUCCUCCAUACUAUGGCGGAUCUAUCGCUGACAUGGAAACUGGGUUGAUCAACCGUGGCGCCACUACAAUCAGGGGCCAUGUUCCAGUGAGGCCAAACGGGGGACGUCUAUCGGCGGACAGCGGGGCCAGAGUCCCAAAUGAAUUCUCUGAAUAUCCGGACCAGGCAGAGCUGCCUCGUAGCCGCAGCACUGUCGACGACUUGUUACCAUCAAGGCACAGAGGCCUGACAGACUUGGAGAUUGGUAUGUAUGCCCUGCUGGGAGUCUUCUGCCUGGCCAUCCUGGUUUUUCUCAUUAACUGCAUCUCUUAUGCAUAUAAGUACCGUAGCAAGCAGCUGUCCCUGGAGGCACCGGAGGCAAUGCCCCAUGCCCACGACUGGGUUUGGCUGGGCCAAGACGAGGGGCUAUGUCUGCAGCAGCAGCAGGACGAGCUGGGCUGCACCCUAGAGGAGGGUAGCCAACUACUGAAUGGAGGCAUCCAGCGUGGUAAUGCGGGUGUGGGAGGCUGUAGUUCGAGUGGGAGGGAUCACAGGAGUGAGUCGCUAAACUCACCCACCACCAAGAGAAAGAGGGUGAAGUUCACCACCUUUUCCAAUGUCAAGUCCAGUAAUGGAUGUCCUGUGCUCAGCCCAUUAGCACUCGUGCAGACCAGUGAGAUUAAAUGGGUAUGUCCGGACAUCGAGCUUGGGGACUCAAAGGAUCUUAGGAACUACAUGGAAAAGCUUAAUGAGAAUGCAAUUAAGAACAUUGCAUAAGGGGUGCUGGUUGUUUUCAACGAACUAAAGAGAAACUCACCUGAAUGCCUUCAGAAUAAGGAGGGUUGGAGGGAGGAAAGGAAAAAAGGGGUGCAGAAAACAGACUGGAGCUGCUGUUGAACUGUUUCUCACCAUAACAACAGGAUAGCGCGUUCAGCCUCUGUUGUUUCCAUGACAGUACGCGGAAAGGGUAAAGCAACGGACCAGAGCGAGACAUGUUUUGCCACGACGCCACAGCAUAGUUAUAAAAGGGGAAAAAAUGUGAACUUGAUAUUGUUGCUUAACUUAAAUGUAUGUUGUCUGUCUUUAAUUGAGGUUCAGUUUCCUUUUUCUAUGCGCCAUCAUGUACUUUGUUUUUACGUUUUCUUUAUGAAUUCAUCACGUUUUAACGUUGUAUUUGUUGUACCUUUUUUGCGCUUCGUUGCUUUUUUUAAAGAGUCGCUGUAUGCUCUGUGCCACGUCAGCAAUUAUAGAUUCUAGGAGAGAAGAGCAAUUUUGUAUUGUAUAUAAAUGCAGAGUUUGAUUUGGAGGUAUUCUAUGUAUAGUAACAUUUUUGUAAAGUGCCGUUUGGUUUUGGUUUUGUUUCUGUUUGUAGUUUAGCUUUUGUUUCGUCUCCAGAAACCAGAUCCAUGCAUGAUGUUAUUAAAGAGGAGGCAUGUGUGUCUGAUUUGGUACCUGAAAUGAAAGUGUGUAGAUAACUAAUACCAAUACCUCUGGAGACAUGUCGGUUUAAUAUUAUUGCAUUCAUUCAUCCCGGAGAUGAGUUUUGGGUUGGUUUCAGUAUGUGGAUAUUGGUUUAAGAAUUUUUGUUUGCCCAUACAUUUUCCCUUCUUAUGUUAAUGUUAUUUUUUAUGCGACCCCUUUUAUUCAGUUUCACACAAAGUAGACUUUUUACUUCAAAUCCGGAUGUUACAAAUCAAAAGAGGCAUUCAACAGAAAAACACUGAUCAUCAUCAAGAGAAUCAAUAGACAAUCACAUAAACAAUGUAUGGAUCAAUUCCCUUCAUUUAUAAAGUUCCAUAAAAAUCAGUCCAGUUUACAGUUCGUACGGCCUGGGUGGAGAUCGGUACAUAUGACAUUUUGGAUCCUAGAAAAAAGUGUCAUGUCAGUGAACGAACAAACUGUGAAGUGAAAGCCCAAAGUCUGACCUCUUCACUCCUUUUUUCAUAUGUCAGUAUUAGUCAAGUCCAUCCUUUUUCUAUCUCUGUUUUAAAAUUGGCUGCUGGACUAAUUAAAACUGAAGGUGACUCUUCUUCCAUUA